AUGUCGUGCCAGUGUUGCUGCGGGUCUUGCGUGGAGACCGGAUCGGUCGGUGUCAUUCAGAAGUUCGGAGAGUUUCAAGGACUGCAAGAGCCUGGAUGCACUUGCGUUUGCUUCCCCUUUGUCACCGUCACGGGGUGCUCUUUGGCGGUGAACCAAUCACAAUGCCGAUCAGACUGCAAGACCAAGGACAAUGUGACAGUCACCGUGGUCACUGCUGUUCAGUACCGUAUCCAGAAAGAUAUGGUGAAGGUGGCCGUCUUCGACAUCGCCAGUCCCCAAGCGCAGAUUGCGGCUGAGGUGGACAGCGUCUUGCGGUCGACGUUGCCCACUAUGACCUUGGAUGAAUCCUAUGCAGCCAAGGAGAAGAUGGUGGAAGAGAUCCUACCCUCAGUGAGGGAAGCGAUGGGAAGGUACGGCUACGACAUCCUCAACGUCCUCAUCACCGACAUCCAACCUGAGCGUUCGGUCCUGGACGCCAUGAAUGAGAUCAAUGCCUCCCGCAGACAGCGGGAGGCCGCCUUUGAGAAGGGCGAGGCCGACAAGCUCCUGAAGAUCAAGGCCUCGGAGGCGGACGCUGAAGCCAAGCGCUUGGCCGGUGUCGGUUGGUUGCAACAACUUCCGCCAUGGACCAAGCUGAGCAUCUUCCUGCUAUGCCAGGGCCUGGUCCCUGCCCUGACAGAGUCCAACCAAGGAAUGGCGAAUAUGCGCGCCGCCAUGGCGCAGGGCUUCCAGGAUUCCAUGAAAUUCAUGAAGGAGAGUGGCAUGUCAGAGAAGGAAGCCAUGCACAUGAUGAUCAUGACACAGUAUUUGGACACCUUGAAAGAAUUUGCCUCUUUGUUUGCAAAUGAGCGCGAUCGGUUUAUCGGACACUUUUCUGAUCGGCCAGCGGUGGUGUCACAUGAGGCAUCCAGUCAUGGCUCCAUCGUGGUGCCACAUGGCCCAUCAGCAGUGAAGGACUUGGAGCAUCAGAUUCGCGAGGGGUUCCUGCAGCUCGAAGUGACCAUAGGGAGAGACGAGCAUGGGAUGGGCAACAUCGGGAUUCGUUUGGAGCCAGGUUUCCAUGAGUUGGUGCAGCGUCGCAGCGCCAAGCCCUACACAAUCUCAGAGCUGUGUUUGCCAGAUGCCGUCCCUUGGAUGUUUGCCAGUGUCGUGUAUGCAAGGAAGGGUGAUGCCAAGGAUUGUGAGGAAAGCAACUUGAGUCCCGUUGAGGAACUCACCUCGACAGUCAUUGCAGCCUUGAGGGAGGCCCUUGGCGGUGAGAAGGUGAACGAAGGCACCAACCUCACGGCGGACUCCUUCUACUCGUCGCAGGGCCGUGCUGAUUCCGCCUUCAACGAUGAGAACAGCCAGCUGAUUGGAGAGGUCUUGGACAGGUACCCCAAAGCAAUCACCAUGGAGAUGGAGACCUUCCAACUUUUUCAUUUGGCUCGCAGCUGCUUGCCGAAAGGCACCAUGCGUGCGGCCGCCUGCGUGGUGAAUGUGGCCAAUCGCCCCACCGGCGAGGUGGUCGGCGAGGAAGCCCUGCGCCUCGCUGAGAGCGAGGGCGGCAAGGCAUUGAUGAAGGCGGAACAUCGGGUGUGGCCUGAUUCAUUCAUUCGUUAUUGGAACCCAAAAUCACCUGUUGCUUUGUCUCUUUUUGUUGUGAUUUUUAAAGGACUUUUUUAG